AUGCCUGACGAUAGUAGGCUGAGUUCUGUCAACAGUGGAGACCUACCAUACAGAGAGAGUCUAUCUUCGCAAAAUGCUUCAGGACUUGUGGUCCGCAUCUCGUUCGAGAUCCGAUGGGCGACGCACGACGGUGCAUCGACGAAUCUGACGUCAUGGUGGAACCUGCACACCGUACGCGUGCAGAGACUGGCCGGCCCGAUCCUUCAAUAUGCUCUGUGGUGUUUCCCCGUAGCGUGCAAAUCCAUAAAUUCGGGAUUAUCGGGCCUCGUGAAAGACGGUAAGAACGGCCUCCACUCCGACCAUGGGGAACGGUUAGGCUACAAACUGCAACGACGGAUUAUUGUUCCGCUCCGUUUGCCUGCCUGUCUUGAAGAGACCAGAGAAGACAAAGAGCCUGUAGUUCAAGGCUUUUCAUGCGCUGUCCGCUCGCGACGAGUCGGUGUGUCUUGA